UUUCUUCUCACUCCUUUCUUCUAAUAUUUUUCUUCUCACGAAAUCAUAAUUUUUAGUUUUCCCAUCUCCUGAUAUUUUUAACUGAUCCUGCAUUCUACAAGAUACACAAUGAAAUUAAGAUCAUGUAUAUUUUCCAAUUAAAUACUACAAUCAUAAUUACAAUAGCUAAAAUCUCAAAAUUAUAUCAUGAUAACCUCGCCCUUUUUUUUGUUCAUUCGAUAUUUAUCACCUACUUUUUUGAGCAAGAAAGUUGCUCUACUUUUUUUGUUCAUUCAUAUUUUCUCGAUAUAUAUCACCUACUUUUAAACAAAAAGGUUGUUCCACUUUUUUUCGCUCAUAUUUUUUUUUUAUAUUAUGACGACUAAACGUAAAUAACCUAAUAAAUCGUCUGAUGAUAAUCAAGAAAUGGAAGUUGAAGGAGGUAUGUAGAUAUAACUCUAUUGUAAAUUUAUAGUAAGUUUUGCUUAUAUAGUUAUAUAUAAGAAGAAUAAUUAAUAAAUACCAAAAAUAUGUAUAAUAGGAUUGAAAAAAACAAAUUACAAAAAAAAGAAGAGAUAUUAACAUUGAGAAGGCCAAUCAGUUGAUAAAAAAAAGUAAAAACCAUAGUAAUAAAGAAGCUGCUGAAUCUGCUAAUAAAGAAGUUGUAGUAGUAAAUGAAAAAAGUAGUAAUGAUGAUGAUGAUGAUGAUGAUGAUAAUGAUGAUGAUGAUAAUGAUAAUGUGGGUAAGACGGAAGAUCAUAAAAAACCUGAAGUAUUUCAAUUAAAAUCAAAUUUAGAAAUAGUU